AUGACAAAGCUUUUAUUGUUCACAACAGGAUACGCCUUUUGUCCAGCUCCCUGGAAAGCUGGAUCCACAUCUUUCAUUGAUACAGACAUAGUGCUUACCCACAAGUUUUAUAUUCAAAAUUCUAAAGACCUGAAAUCAAGACUGGAAAACCAUGGAGGAAAGUACGCGAAUCAAAUUUCUGAACUCCUACAGAAAAGCAAUGCAAGCAAAGAAUCAGCUGACAUCAGAAAAUUUCCCUCCAUCACUUUUUCUUCUAGGGCACCAAUGCAGAUGGAAUCACCUGGUGUCCUAGACUCCUAG